UAGAGGAUCGAGAAAUAAUUUUCGAUUCUUGUGCGCGGAGGCUUUCCACUGUCCGGUUUUAUUAUGUUUAUCGGGAGUGGUCUAUGGCCACCAGAAACCCUGACAAUGAACCGAAGAAAUAAAUUAUUUUUCAUUCAAUUUAAAAGCCAAUAAAGUAUGCGUACGAAACGGAUUUUGACAAAUGCUUGAAAUUUAACUUCAAUUUCAAUUAUUCAGAAAGCAUUUUUUUUUUCAAAAUGUCUAGUUUUCGGGAGAUGCGUUUCGAUGAUUUAUUCAAAAUUAAUUCUUUAGUUUUCGAUGCACAAACCGAGGUUUAUAGCUUGACCUUGUUUAUCAAGCAUUUGCUGGAAUUUUCAGGACUUACACAGAUUGCUGAGGCUCCUGAUAGCAGACGAAUUGGCUAUAUAUUUGGUUACCUGGCUGAGCAUAAUAAAGAACCAUAUACCCAUGUGGCCUCAUUGACUGUAUCUGCGGAAUAUCGACGCAUUGGUCUGGCCACCGCAUUAAUGGACUGCUUUUUUCUGAAGUCCGAUCACAAAGGAUCUUCUUUUGUCAACCUCUUUAUGCGAGCCGGCAAUGAGGCUGCCCAUCGACUGUACUGUUCCUUGGGCUAUGCUCAUUGCAAAACUUUAAUCGACUACUACGCGGAUCGCCCGGAACCAGAGAAUGCCUACGAGAUGAUAAAGUACAUACCCCGCUCCAUGGAGGUUUAAUACGAAGAACUUCCGCGGUGCCAACACCAUGUGUUUUCAGUAUAGAUUUUAGUUUCUUUCAAACUAAACAGCUAAUUAAAGAAAUUCAAUUGAGGUGAA